AAUCUCAGUUGGAACUGGAGAAAAUGGCGUCACUUUUUCGUGCAUGCUACCAUGGUUUAUCGAUUUAUAAGACGUUAUUACAUUAAAAACUCACUCCUAAACACUUUUCCUAAAAAAUUGUAAUACAUUUUUUCACCCGACUGUAAAUAAAGCGCAAAUUAAUUAAUUGCGUAAUAAUACACUUCAAUAUAACAUAUUUUGUUUUUAGAUUAAUUUAUUUAUCGAACAGUAAAAACAACCGAUAGCAGCACUUAUAAUUCAGUUUAACUUCAAAAGUGGUCUAGUUAUCAACAUGUUGUGGAAACAUUCCUCGCUCCUUCUAAUUACUAUUUUAUUGUGUCUUUUUCCAAUAAAUCAUUCAGCAAACAUAUUGUGUAUGUUUACAAGUUGUGUUCAACAAAAUUUAAUAGUCUUUAUGGCUGUUGCCAAUACUCUAAUUGAUAAAGGUCAUAAUGUAACAAUCGUCACAACAAUUCCAAUUCCAACACAAGUUGCACCCAAAUCUAAUUUCCGUCAUGUAUAUUUAGAAAAUCCAAUUGAAAAAAUACGUAAACUCAAAGCCGUUCAUAUAAUAUCGUACAAUGAAACAGCUCCAUCGACAGACGCGUCUACAAAUUUUUUCAUAGCUAGUCACAUGCUUACUUAUAUGCAAAAGGAUGCUCUACAACAAAAAGAAUUUCAAGAAUUUUUUCACGAGGAUAAUUCAUUUGAUCUAAUGAUUAUGGGUUAUUAUUAUAAUGAUUUUAUGGUUGGUAUUGGUGCUAGAUAUCAAUGUCCAAUAGCGAUUGUUAGUUUGUGUGCUCCGUUUAGUACAUUAAGUCGAUGGAUUGGGAAUCCUUCGACAACUUCGUAUGUGCAAGAAGCUUUUUUUGGAAAAAGUCAACCGAUGAGUUUUAUUGAAAGAUAUCAGAAUUUUUUUAUAAACGCCAUUGAGCCUUUAGCACAAAUGUAUACAGAAUUUGUGAUGGGCUCAAUUUACAGAACCUUAUUUACAGAUGAAUCUUAUCCACCUUAUUCAGAUGUAAUAUCGAACAUCUCGUUGGUAUUGUACAAUAGACAUUUUUCGGAAAUGCCAGUUCGUCCAUUAGUUCCGGCUCUUGUUGAAAUUGGGGGAAUUCAAGAUGAAGAUCAAUCAGAAUAUCUUCCACAAGUAAGUUUUUCUUCGAUGAAAUAUCAACAAAUUUGUUAUAGUUGACAUUCUUUUUACAGG